AUGGUUACUCAAUACAAUCCAACUAUAAUUUCGUUAAAUGAAUUAGGUACUCAUGUUCCUGAUAAAACUAUUAAGCAACUUCUAUUUUCAUAUAAUAUCUUUACCAACAAAGGUACUAAUCCACAUGGUGGUGUUGUAUUAGCUAUCGAUAAAAAGUUAAAUUCUAUUCAAAUAAAAAUUGAUCAAUUGAAUAUUGUUGCAGUUCAGCUUAUAAUUAAAAACCAAACAUAUGCGAUUGUAUCAACUUAUUCCCCUCCAAAUGAACCAUUACCUUUACAAAUAAUGUUAUCAUUAACCAAAAAUUUUAAAAAUAUCAUAAUUGUUGGUGAUCUCAACGCUAAACAUCCGAACUGGGGGUGUACCUCUUUUAAUCACAAAGGAAAAAUUCUUGCUGAAUGGCUUGAUAUUAAUGAAAUGUAUGAAAUUCAGAAUCAAGGUAUGAAAACCUCCUUAAGAUCAGACACUACAAUUGAUCUAGUACUUACAACACCGACUAUUUCAUUAUCACAAUGUACAACACUGCCGUAUACAGGUAGUGAUCAUCUACCAAUAUUCUUUGAAUUAAAUGGAAUCAAUUUACAAGGAAACUCUUACAUUAUCUCAAAAACGUAUUGGAACAUUUAUAGAAUUCUAUUAACUACGAUUAGUUCUUAUAUUCAACAAGAAAACGUGAAAGCACUUCCAGAUAAUCAAUUUGAAUGGUUUACAUCUUUUCAACAACUGCUGCAAGCUGUUAAACAAAGAGUAACAACAUUCCAUAUGACAAAGCAACAACGACCAACGAUAUCUACUUCAUUACGAGCAAUACUCAAGCACAAACACUACCUGCAAAAUAAAUACAGACAUAGCAAACUGGAAGAAGAUAGAGUACGACUACGUUCAUGGAACAAAUUAGUUCAGCAUGAAUUGAAAUCUUUUCGACAAAACAACUGGAACACUUUCAUACGUCAAGUUGCAUCUCCUAACCCG